AUGGCGAUGAUGAUGACCGGCCGUGUGCUGCUGGUGUGUGCCCUCUGCGUGCUGUGGUGCGGUGCCGGCGGUGUUUGUGCGAGGGACGUUGACACCAACGCACUGGGUGGCUGCAUGGCGUCGGGAGUGUUGGGUGAGAAUGGAUCCCACAUGCCUGACGGAUGUAAUAAAACUGCGAUUACGGUGCCUUUGCGGUCAGCACUGCCCAUUACUGCCAUUGAAGCCUCGACUGGCGAAAGUGUUUCCGAUUCAACCGAUAUUUAUCCAGAUUCACUUUCGGUACCACCAUCACCACCGCCAGUAACCGGGUUACCGGAAGCACUCAAAGCACCUAAAGCGCCACAAGACCCACCGGAAUCUGAUGUUGGUCAAACUGGUGUUGGUGAUCGUUUGUCUCUGGUCCCUAAUGACGACAGUUCUGGUGCUGGAGGCGGUUUUGAAGAAAAUGGAAAUUCUAACAAAAGUGGAGUUUCUGCCUCGGAGUUUUCUACUGUUGUUGGUGCUUCUCGAUCUUCCAUUCCCCCUGAAGUUGGUGGUUCAGAGAAUAAAAGCGGUGCACCCCCUAACUUAAAAUUGGAAUCUCCAGAAACAAAUGAGCUGCGGGAAAGAAUCCUUGUAGAGACCAACAAAGAUACACAAAAGGUUUCAAAACUCGAAGAAAAUCCAGAGUCCUCUCGUAAAAAAGAAAAAGCGAACAUUCGGGGUACGAGUGAGGAAGCAGGUAAAAACGAGGCAGGACGGAGUGGCGUGGAGGCACACGGCCCUUCCAGCGUGUUGUCUGCCGACGGCCAACUGCAGCGUCAAGGUACAACAGUAACAAUGACACAACCACCACCACCGUCACCAGAACAGCAAACAUCGGCAGUAUCGCCAUCACCAGGAGUAGAUACACCCGCAGCGCGAUCACGAGAGGCGGGAGAUCUAGAAGAAGGAAGAGGAAUACCGCCGGCACGAAAAGCUUCACACAAUUCAACAGAUGAAAAGCGCAAAGCGCCACCUUUACGAAGCGAAAAAGAGUCCGCAGCACCGAAACCGCCUUCAGCGGAUGGCGUGCUUGAGCAAAACAGUGAAGACACAACAACAAAAGAGGCGAUAAAGAUGGAUGCACAUACCGAUGGCCCAGCGGCAACAUCAGAGCAAUCCACCUCCGCAAGUGAAAGUGGUGUCGUCAAGAGAAAUGAGAGUGAGGAUGGUGACAAUGCUCAACGGCCUGAACCCAAAGGACAACACAAUGACCCUGAUGCCGUAAAUACCAAGGCUGCUCCCACGGCCAGUGAGGCUGCAUCAUAUACAGCGAAAACGGUCCCCGCCCGAAAAAAUGAUACUGUGACGUAUGGCGACAGUGACAGCAGCACCGCGGUCUCCCACACCACCUCCCCUCUUUUGUUUCUUCUUCUUCUUGUUGUUGCGUGUGCGGCUGCUGCUGCGGUGGUGGCCGCGUGA